AUGGAGUGCCGAGAGGUCCAGGUGCUGGAGGAGGGUUCACCGAUGGCUCUGAUGGAGUCCACCAAUCCAGAACAGGCCAGGACCAAAAGGGGGUGGGCCCACGCCGGCAAAUGUUCUACUCUCCAGGACUUUGAGACACUUUCUGUGACUUUGGAAGAGAUGACCAUAAAGGAGCAGCAAGAGUGGAAAAUCCAACCAUGCGUUUCAAACUGGAAGAAUGCCUGGGGUUACACCAUUCCACUGGGCAAGCGGUGGGCGGCUGACAGCUAGGGCAUGGAGACUUUCCACAUCAACGAGAACUUCGCCAAACCGGCGGAGGCCCUCUACACCAAGACGGGGCAGGUGGUGGAGGUGCGAGGCCAGGUGGAGAGGAAGAUGGCGCAGAAGGAAAAGGAGAGGAAGGAGAAGCUGAGAGAGCUGGCGCAGAUGGCCUGAGACCGGAGGACGGGAAUCAAAGGCCAUGGGGACAGAGGUUUUGAGGGCAGCCAGGCAAGGGAGCACAACGAGAUCCAUCAUGAAGGGAGGAAAGAGAGACAGCAUGACCGGAACAUCUCCAGAGCCUCUACCAAUCACUCACAAGCAGACCGGGUGUUCUCCAGUACCAAUAACAGCCCGUGCAGGGAGGGUCCGGUCCAGUUCAAGGAGAACCCCUUCGGUCUGGACGAGUGCUUGGAGGAGGCCAAGCAGUACAGGGGGACCAAGAGGCCAUCCACCAGCAGGCACUCCAACGACUACGACCAUGACAAGAAGUGCCUUGGAGGCUUUUUUUUGCCUUGGCAUUUGAGACAAGCAGUGGACAUCAGAGAGGUGUGCAAUUAUUUCUGA